UACUAUCAUUAAAAAAAUGUAAGACUUCGUUUCCAUAUUGAAAAUGUAUGUUUCUCACAAAUAUUAUGUGUAAGCUAUGCUAAGCACACUUGUGCUGCUGUCAUCUCAAAUAAAUUAAGUGUAUGCUGCUGUCAAUUUGAAAUUGUCAAAUGUCAAACGAUAGCUGCGUUUGUCAAAUCGGCGUUUUCGAAAAUUUCGCUUGUCAUUCAUUCAUCAAGACUUUAUUGAAAACAGUUUUAAACAAAAAAUGGCUCUACUCGAUUUCUGCCGUUUAAAUGAAAAAAUUAACUUGAAACCCGUUGAUUCUCUAGCAUCAUUCAAUAAUGACAUUACCGGCUACAGUGAAAACUUUGUAAACAGCGCUCAGCUCGCUUCUCCCCCAUUUGCGAAUCCUGCUGAAACCUUAGCACACUUCAACACAAAGGAUGAGACUGGAAAGGAAAUCAAAAUUCAGUUUGACCACGGCACCACCACUCUUGGUUUCCGAUACAAAGGAGGAGUCUUAUUAGCCGUCGACUCUCGAGCUACAGGUGGCCAAUUUAUUGGUUCUCAAUCCAUGAAGAAAAUAGUAGAAAUCAACGACUAUUUGCUUGGUACUCUCGCUGGUGGUGCAGCAGACUGUGUCUACUGGGACAGAGUACUCGCAAAGCAAUGCCGUCUCUAUGAGCUUCGGAAUAGGGAGCGUAUUUCUGUAGCAGCAGCCAGUAAACUCAUGGCUAACAUGGUGUACAACUACAAAGGAAUGGGCCUCAGCAUGGGAAUGAUGUUAGCUGGUAUUGACAAGAGAGGAGCACAACUAUACUAUGUAGACAGUGAAGGUACUCGCACUCCAGGCAAGGUGUUCUCAGUGGGCUCAGGUUCUGUGUAUGCUUUUGGUGUACUUGACUCUGGAUACAGCUGGGAUCUGUCAGAUGAGGACGCACAAGAGCUGGGUCGACGUGCGAUUUACCACGCUACUCACCGCGACGCGUACUCUGGCGGGAUCAUAAGAGUGUACCACAUCAACGACAAGGGUUGGGUCAACAUCUCCAACGAGGAUUGCUCCGACCUCCACUACAAGUACCAAGCAGAGAAGGGCAUCAAGGAUGAUCAGUUUUAAAUUGUUUUUGUAUAAGAAAUAAAAUGUAUUUGUA